AAUGUUGUGUUGCAGAAUACACGACAACAUGGACCAAUGACAGAGUGGGUUUCUACCGCGACAAGGAGGGAGGUGCCGUGGCUUUCUCGUAUGAUGGGUCAGUGCUGGCCGUUGGCUUUGGAGCCAGUCUUACUGUCUGGGACUCCGACACUGUUGAGAUGUCAGCGUCACUCACCAGGGGGCCUGAACCUAUCAAUUUCAUCGAAUUCGAGCAGAAGCCCUACAGCCACAUGGUGGUAACGGCCAGCACUAGUACCCUGCAGGUGUGGGACCUGCUCAGUCUGUCAGUGGUCUGGUGUGUCAAGCUGAACGUCACAGCACUAACAGCUGAUCCGCUGUCCGAGCACUUUGCCGCGUUCACAGCCGACAAUCAGCUGUUUGUGUUCAAGACGGAACAGCGCAUGCCCGUCGUCAAAAUGGCCGCUACAAACAAAAUGGCUGCCGCCAACAACAAGAUGGCCGCCGCUGAAGAUGGCGGAGAACAAAGGUCUUCUUCUCCUCCUGUCAUGGCCGCCAUUUUUGUGCCGCGUGGCGGUGAGGAUGAGGGGAAGGAUGGUGCUGAGGAGGAAGAGGGGAGACUGCCCAGCUGGAUGGAAAAGUCCAAGUUGUACUAUGUAACUCAGUCACAGGAAUUGUUAGCAAUCGACGUGAAAUCGUCGACAUCCUCGUGGCAGACGCUACCCGCAGUUUCCUUGGACGAUAGCGGUCAAGCAUUGAGGGGUCCCUAUGCUCUGCUCACUGCCAAAAAAGUCAGACAGGAGUCGAUGGAUGAGGACCUCGUCGAAGAUAUCAACCAGAGGAUGGGCAAUUUGGUGGAGCAGUCCACUAGGAAGGUUAGUGAGAUGCUAAUAAUUUGAAAUUUUGUAUCGAAU